AUGGUAAAAGAAUGCAAAAAAGAUGAAUGUUUGAUCUGUAAAACUCCUUGUCGUAUGUUAUUCCUUUCAAAACAGACAAGUCCCGAUAUUCAAUCCCUGUUCAUGGGAAUAGAUACGUUAUGCAAGAAAUAUUCGAAAGAAAUAACACAGAUUUCAGAAUUUCAGGAAAAACAUCGUAGACAUUUAAUAGCAUACCACAAACAAAAGACACUGAAGUUGGAAGAAUCUCUCAAGAAAGCAACGCAACAAUUACAUCAGAUGCAAUGUAUGAAACCUCCUCAACAACUUACUCAACUGCCACUUUCCAGUACAAGUAGAAGUCCACUUUCCAUUCCUUCAGAAAAACAGAACGGAUAUUCUUCAUAUUCUCUCCAUCCUAGUCAUGCUUCUACUUCCAAAAUAAUGGAAUCAAUGGAGAUUGAUCCUUUACCUUCACCAGUGAGGAAACCUGAGGUAGUGACUGGUCCAACAAGACUAUCACUAAUAACUCCACCCCAAGGCGGACGUAUGGGUAGCGUAUCCUACAGAAGUUCUCAGCCGUCUGGAAUAACGUCAAGUCAAAAUAGUAAAGCAGGAUCUACAAGAUCCACACCUAUAAGACUACCUCAUAAUGGAUGUCCACUCACAUCGUCGUGUGGAUCACAAAGUAGUAGAAUGGGGUCAUGGGCCACUUCUGACUUCAGAACACCUCAGCUGUAUCCAUUUACAUCACCUUCCUCGCAAUCAUCUGGAAUAAGACAUCCAAUCACCAUCCCUGGUCUUCUGCAGAGACAACAUUUAGGAUCUACUAAUUUUGGAGGACAUUCAGUAGAAAGAUAA